AUGCCCUACGCGCUGCGGGAGCGGGUCGACGCGGAGCUCGACGCCAUGCUGCGGGAGAACAUUAUCGAGCCCGUCGACUGCUCCGAGUGGGCGUCGCCGCUGGUGCCGGUCAACAAGGCUGACGAAGUCAAAACGACUCUGACUAGCACAGAUGUCCUAGCUCACUACGAUCCUAAAAAGGUUCUGAUUGUGACCUGUGACGCUAGCGCUCGCGGCGUGGGCGGCGUGCUAGCGCAGCCUGGCCCGAUCGGGGAGCGCCCCGUGGCAUUUGCGUCACGCUCACUCACACCUGCUGAAAAAAAUUACUCGCAAAUCCACCGGGAAGCUUUAUCGAUUAUCUACUGCAUGAAAAAAUUCCAUCAGUACCUAUAUGGCAGGAAAUUUGUCUUACGCACUGACCACAAGCCGCUUGUUUCCAUUUUUGGGCCUAACGCCGGGAUCCCGACAAUGACAGCAAGCAGGAUGCAGCGCUGGGCAGUAAUUUUGUCAGCAUAUGACUAUGAGAUUGAGUACAUCAAAACGAACGAAAACUGUGCUGACGGGCUGUCAAGGUUACCACCCGGUGCAGACGCUCAAGCUAGCGCGGCUGAAGUAGUUCCAGAACAAACGUAUCUACACUUUGUGCAAGAUGCGCUCUUAUUAGACUACAGUCAGCUAAAGCGGCUUACAGCAGAAGACAACAUGUUGCAAAGGUUGCUGUCCUUUAUCCGCGAUGGUUGGCCAGAGACGUGUGAGGUCCUUGCGAUGAAGCCAUACUUUAACCGGCAAUCUGAAUUAUAUGAGGAGUUAGGUUGUGUAAUGUGGGGCCAUAGAUUAGUCGUGCCUGAAGGCUGUCGUAAACAAAUUUUAGAUCUUAUUCACGAGCCACAUAUGGGUGUAGUAAAGUCGAAAGCUCUAGCGCGGAGUUACGUAUGGUGGCCUGGAAUAGAUGAAGCUUUAGAACGUACGUGCCUUGCUUGCACAGUGUGCGCUGUGCACGCGGAUGACCCUCCCCGCGCUACACCAUGCCCCUGGAGGUGCCCUGCGCAAGCUUGGUCUAGGCUUCAUUUAGAUUUCAUGGGCCCUAUAGCGGGGAAAACGUAUUUAGUAGCCGUAGAUGCGACGUCCAAGUGGUUAGAGAUAUUUCCGGUCCCCAGUACGGCAGCCAAGUUCACUGUUAAUAAACUUAGCGAGCUUUUCAGUAGGUUCGGGAACCCUAGACAAGUCGUAACUGAUAACGGCCCUCCGUUUACGAGCAACGAGUUUGAUAAUUUUAUCAAAAACGAGCGUAUUGAGCACGUAUUUACACCACCUUACCAUCCUGCGUCUAAUGGGGCCGCGGAAAAUGCAGUAAAGACCUUAAAGAGGGUAAUUAAAAAGGCUUUGACGGAAUCCAAGGAUGUUGACAUGGCUUUACAUACCUUCCUAAAACAUUAUAGGAAUACUAACCAUGCUAGUACUGGUGAAUCUUCUGCUGCAGUUUUGCAGAAAAGACACCUUCGUACGAAGCUGGAUGCUCUUAAGCCCGACUUAAACUCGGGAGUCGUAAAUAAUUCGCCUAAUAGUGAGAGGUCAGGAGGUAGGACCUUUUCGGUAGGUCAAGAUAUUUGGUUCCGCCAAUACCUUAAGGGGGAGAAGUGGCUACCGGGUAAGAUAAGUAGCUCUAAUGGACCAAGCGACUAUACGGUAUCCGAUAUUACGACCGGCAAGCACAUUCACAGGCACGUCGACCAGCUGAGGAGGCGUGUAGGGACUCAACCCGUAAACCGCCCAGAUACCGAGUGUUUCGCGUCGACGAGUAGGUCGCUAGCUAUGCCCUUGCCUGACAGUACUCGCACGGGGUCGGAUCAGUCCGAAAUUCCCUCUACGUCUACGCCAACUGAUGGAACAGUCCCGCUUAGCCCGGCACCAGCCGCGUACGCCACACCAACGGCAAUCACACCAUCGCCCGCUGUGCCGUCGCCGUCAACUUCAUCCGGUGUCGCCACAUCGGCCAACGAGCCGCAGACCUAUUCCGUGUCUGACACCCCCGUACCGCCCGAACCUCGCCCCAGCCCGCCGCUAAACACUUCACUGUACCUGUCGAGUAUAUUACAAAUUUCCUUAUCAAUUUUAAUUUGA